CCCUGCUGGGGAUUGCUAUAAUACCUGCCUCCUCCCGUGUUUCUCUUCCCCUGCUUCUCUUCCCCGGCGAUAUCGCCAGAACUACUACCGAGAUCCGUCCCUAUAUAUGGCUUAUCGAUCGAUCGCCUGGAUAAUCAGUCAAUUACACGCCAACUGUCCUCAUUUUAUGUUAAUCCACGACCCCGAGAGUGACUGGUGCAGAGGCACCGUGGACCUUCGCCAUGCCGGGCUCAGUUCAUAAAACCCAGCGGAUUGUAUCCGUCGUGGCAGCAACCCUGGUUGCUCUGGCCUGCGGAACAAAUUACGCAUAUUCAGCAUGGGCACCUCAAUUCGCACAGAAAAUGAGACUUUCCUCCACUGAAAGCAACCUGAUCGGUGUCGCGGGGAAUCUGGGCAUGUACUCAUCGGGGAUUCCUCUAGGGUUGUUGACGGAUUCCAAGGGUCCACGUAUCUCGACUUUCCUGGGCUCGGUAACAUUGAUUACAGGGUAUUAUCCUAUCUACUUAGCGUACGAAAGGGGACCGGGGUCGCUUGGAAUCUUCCUCCUGUGUCUUUUCGCUUUCCUCACUGGUCUUGGAGGCUCCUCUGCAUUUUCAGCAUCCAUCAAGACAUCCGCCGCGAACUUCCCCAAUCAUCGUGGGUCAGCAACCGCAUUUCCCCUUGCAGCCUUCGGCCUUAGUGCUCUCUUCUGGUCCACCGUGUCGACAAUCGUCUUCAAAGGCGACACAGGCCGAUUUCUCUUGCUAUUGGCACUGGGAACCUGUUUCUUGACCUUUGCGUCAAUCCCGUUCCUCCGUAUCCUUCCCCUCAAUGAUUCAUACCUUCCUGUAUCACGACGCUUUUCAGGAGAACAUGUUCCGCCCGAACCGUCACAUCGGGCGACAGGAUCCUCUGAUCUCCAACACAUUGACUUUGAGAUCGAGGAGGAGUCUGAUGAACCAGGUACGCAGAGCACUACUUCUGAACCACGGUCUCUGGCACAUGCCAAGACGCAAUCACAAGCUUCGAGUCCAUCCGCCCCAUCCAUCCACAGUCGCGGUCUCGAUGAAACCUCGCCUUUGGUGAUCAAAAAGGCCGGAUCGAGAUCGUCUGAUGGCCCCUUCCCCGAUAACAUGCCUGGCGUCGGCUCUGGCUCACCACAUUCAGAUGUUCGAGGGUUGGCUAUGCUUCCUAAAAUAGAAUUCUGGCAGCUUUUCCUAACCAUGGCGCUGCUGUCUGGGAUUGGACUGAUGACUAUAAAUAACAUCGGCAAUAGUGCUCGAGCACUUUGGAAACACAAAGAUAAUCAAUCGACCCCCCAAUUCAUACAGCAAAAGCAAGUUGUGCUUGUGUCGGUGCUGUCAUUCGGCAACUUCAUCGGUCGCCUAUGUAGCGGAAUCGGUUCGGACGUGAUGGUCAAAAAGCUCAGCCUUUCCCGCUUCUGGUGCUUAUUCGCCUCUUCGGUCGUAUUCACAAUGACCCAGCUAGCAGGCUCCGCGAUCUCAGAUCCACACAAACUGACCCUCGUAGCUGGACUGACGGGACUUGCAUACGGUUUCCUCUUCGGAGUCUUCCCAUCCCUAGUGGCACACACGUUCGGCAUCGGCGGUCUCUCUCAGAACUUCGGCGUGAUGACUCUUGCCCCCAUUUUCAGCGGCAACAUCUUCAAUAUCCUCUACGGCACCAUUUACGACAGACAUUCUGUCGUCGACCCGACUGGUGUCCGUGACUGUCCGUAUGGUCUGGCCUGCUACCAGACCGCGUACUAUACAACGUUCUUCUCCGGUGUGACUGGGAUGGUGGUUUGUUUCUUGAGCAUCAUGCGUGAGAGACAGAUUCAUGGGUCAUUUCGAAAAAUAGAGCACAGCCGUCUUGCAUAAAUUGCGGCUGUCUGUUGUGCCGUGUUGUGUCGUGUGCAGUGCACGCUAGCUUAGGUUAGUUUGUACAGUUAUUAUUGUCCGGUUGGUUUCGGUCCUGGUUAGAUUUUUUGUUUCCUUGGCAGUUGAUAGACAAUCGGCAUUAUUUUCUUUCUUUAUUUACUCUGUUCUGGAUUUGGGGUAGAGGUGGUGGGUAACUUAGCCCUAAUUGCGUCGCUCUGGUUGAAAGAUAUGGAUAAGACCUGCAUAUCUUCUUAAACCCAAUAUGAGGAGGUAGAGAUGCCCCUAUCUAGGGGGAGGUUUUAAAAGCUCCUAAAAUCUUCUUCAGAGCCUGAUUCUGAAGCUUUUGAUAUCUAUCAAGUAGAUUAUUUUGACCCUUCCACCAUAUAGGGACCCCAUAGUCGGCCCAAUAGCAAUACUACUAUACUUAUGGAGUCAGUGGUCAAAGUACAAAGCUUUAGGACUCAGGUGAUUAGCGGUAUUACAUUUGCGGCGGAAAAG